AUGAGCACCUCGCCCGGCUCAGACAAGUCGUCAGAGACUGCCGGCGACAGUAGGGGCUCGUCCCCGGCUACAGACCAGCAGGCCAACAAAUCCAAAGCAGGCAUCCGAGUCUCCCUGGCAUGUGUCCCUUGCCGAUCCAAACACAUCAAGUGCGAUGCUACGAUGCCGACGUGCUUGCGCUGUCAGGCAGAGCAUAAGCCGUGCUUCUAUGCCAAGUCGAGACGCGGUAUUCGAGACGCGAAGAAACGCAGCAUGAUCGCCGACAAGCUCCCACAUUCAGCCCGCGGCCCCAGUCUCUGGCCUGUGAGCCAAUUGUCGACAGUCGACGUGCCGAUUCGCUUCCUGAACAACAACAUGCCUUCCGGCUGGUCACUGACGAGGACUCUGAGGCCAACUUCCUCCCCGGCCGGCGCGGCAGCUCUGCUACUUGACGCAUUCUACUCGAGGUGUUACGCAAACUUCCCUUUCCUUCUUCCCAAGCCGUACAUGAUGUCGCAACUCGCGAAAAACGCCACAGAGCUCCGUUUUCUGGUGAGUGUCUGCAUAUAUGCGGCGUCUCUCUAUGAGCCAUCCAUAUCGUCGGACGAAUUACGAGAGGCUGUGUACAACCAAUCCUUCGGCCACCUUCCAAUGACCGCGUUCACGGUCCAGGCGCUGGCUCUCCUAUCGUACACGGCGAUAGGCGAAGAUAAGCCCGAGCUCCGGAGCAUCUGGCUAGAUCGUGCGAUACAAGUGGCCAUGGACAUCGGGAUGCAGCACAGGUCAUUUGCCGAGAACGAGCCGGACGUAGUUGUUGCGGAGAGCUAUCGGAGAACCUGGUGGGUUCUGUACAAGUCAGACUGCAUUCGCGCCACAUACGAGAACCUGCAGACGUUUUUAUUGCUCAGUGUGCCCGCGACAGUAGACCUGCCAUGCGAAGAAUGGGAGUAUCAAUCAGGGCAUAUUCCCUCCUUCGCCGUCUCGUUGGCUGAAUAUGAUAGUCGAGAUCCUUGCGAAGAGCCAACAUUCUCAUCCUGGACGUAUGUGAUCGACCUCUGUCGGCUGGUCGCCGAGGUCGUCCUGCCCCUGCACUUGUAUGCCGAAAGGCCUUGGCAGGACGAGGUGACUCGAGCCGACAUGAAGAUCAGCAACUGGCUCGUACGCAUUCCCAAAUGGAAAAAGGAAGCCAUCGGCCCUGACGGUUCUCCCGAUCUGAUGCUUUACUCUGGCAUCUGCUUCGCAUUGGACCUGGUAGACGGGUUCGCCAUCGGACCCCUCGACCGCUCGCGAGUCACAAACGACGCCAAGGUCGGGCCGUCGUGGAACGUCUGCCCGCCGGAGCUCUACGCCGCCAACGCACUGCUCAGCGUCUUCACGUUUCCCUUGUCGACUUCGUCGGCGUGCCCGGUCAGCAUACCUGUUAUUGAGCGGGUGUGCUUGGCCCUGCUCGACGCGUGCGUGUUUCUCGGCUGCGACACGCCCAGCGUCAGGGAGAAGCUGCAUUUCGCCUUUGGCAUCCUCAAGACGUACGGGGAGGUGUGGCCGCUGGCCAAGAGGCUGGCCGCCGGCAUCAAGGAUGUCACUUCUACGUAUCUGCCGCCCACGCCAGGGAGCGGAGGCGACUGUCAUCCCGCCCCAGCAGUCUCUACUUCUGUUAGCACCAGCGUCAGCGAGUGUGCUGCAUCCUUGUGGACUGAAGCCCUGUACCCGGCCACCCAGCACGUCUCGGACCAUCAUCCUGAGGUGGCGUUCCAAAUGCCGUUCUAUGAGCCGUUUCAAGAGCAUGUAGACGGUACAUUCGAGAACUGGGUACUGGGUGGGUCGUGA